AUGCAGUACGUUCAGCUUACAAUCGAGCUCAUCACCAAGGCCUUCGAGACAUUUUCUUCUAAGAAGGGAGUGGAGUUUACCAAGAAAGAUGCAAAUAAGAUCUUUAAGGCGCUUGAUGAGGAUGAGGGAGUAGAGAGAUACUACUUUUGUGGUGCAAAGUGCACCAAGUCCAAGCGCAAAUGCAUGAAGGAAGUUGAUGAUGAAGGCAUGCAUUGUUAUGUCCACGAUCCUGCGCGCAAGUGUCAAGGCACAACCAUUAAGGGCGCUAAUUGUGGUAGUGUAGCCAAACUUGGUGAAACAUACUGUGGACGUCAUCGAGAGCAGCAUAAAGGUCAUAUGAAAAGCAGUAACAAUAAGGCACCUGCCAACAAGCGUACCAAGUCUUCCAAGAUAACCAAGAAGACACAUACUCCUGAGUUUGUCCCUUCAGAUGAUGAUAUGACUUCCGAGGAUGAAGAACCAAAGAAGCGAAAGAGAAACAAGCAGGAGUCAUCGGAUGAGGAGCCGUCCGAUGAUGAUGAAGAAGAUAUAAUUGCCGUCUCCUUUCCGUUGAGUCCAAAGUACAUUAUUAAGCUGAAGGAAAAGGACCUCUACAUUGUAUUGUGUCCACCUGAGCUCAUGGGGAAAAAUCUUCCUGUACCGAAAUUAUCUGACAAAGAGGUACGUAUAUUACAAAAGAUGGGACUCCAAGAGGCAACUCCUGCUGAUGUAGAAAAAAUAGAAGAGUCUUCUGCUGAUGAGAAUUCUGACGAUGAUACAGAUGAUGGUGAUACGUCUGAUGAUGCUGGCUCUGACGAUGAUUCCCCUGAUGAUAAAGACUCUGAUGAUGGCAAGUCCAAUAACAGACCUGAUGUAGAAUCUGGAGAUGAUACCUCUAAGGAUAACCCUGAUGAAAAACUAUCUCAUAAAAAGUCAUCUAAGGAUGAUGAGAAGAAGACUUCUCGAAAGAAAAGGCAUUCAGAGAUGCCCAAAAAUGCAGAGCCAUCUUCUAAUUUUACGAUGAAUGGCAAGUACAUUGUCAGGCUAUCUGGAAAGAAUACAUACGUUGGCCUGUUUACGCUUGAUGCUCUGCGCGGUGUCGGUGAUGUUCCAGAGUUGGAUAUCUUGGAACGCUCCAUGCUUAGCAAGAUGAAACUUCAACCAUUGUCUGAUGAAGAGAGAAAGACGCUUUUCAACGAGGAGAUCGAAGUAGAAGAAGAAGUACCAGUAGAAGGACCAACAGAUAAAUCCAAGGUGAUAUGGAAAAAACUUAACAAGUACUUGGAAUAUUCCGAGAAUGUACUUGUAAAUGGAAUGCACAUUCUCAAGAUGCGCAAAAAAGACACUGUAAUCGGCUUGAUGACUGAUGACCAUAUUGCUGCAGAGAAUGUAGAGUGUCAUUCUCUUAGCCAGAAGGAAAAAGAGAAGUUGUUUGCUAUGGGAUUUAAACCGCAUGAGCAUAAGCAAAGCUUGCCACAGAAAGAUGAGAGCACAUGUGAGGAUGAUAAAGAUGCUGAGGGCGAUAAAGAUGCUGAGGAUGACAAAGAUGCGGUGGGUGAUAAAGAUGCUGAAGAUGACAAAGAUGCUGAGGGUGAUAACGAUGCUGAGGAUGACAAAGAUGCUGAGGGUGAUAACGAUGCUGAAGAUGAUAAAGAUGCUGAGGAUGAUAAAGAUGCUGAGGAUCCUCGUCGGACGUCGAAGAGACACGAAUCUGGCAAUGAAGGUCAGAAGGGAUCUUCGGUGCAACGCAAGGGUAAACGUCUGUCAGCAGAUAAACCCAUGGACAGUACUGCCAAUGAUGCCGAACAAGGGCGUAAGCGCAAGCGCGGUGAUGCAGAUAAUGCUAACGGAGCCACCGAUCAAGCAGCAAACCGCAGUGGCAAGCGCCAGUUAAGAAGUACGAUCGAAGAGAGUAGUAAGGAGAUCAGCACUACUGACACGCGCAAGCGUGGUCGAACGUAA